CAGGUCUCCACGGCCGUGGUGGAGCGCUACAACUCCAUCCUCACCAGCCACACCAUGCUAGAGCACUCCGACUGCGCUUUCAUGGUGGACAACGAGGCCAUCUACGACAUCUGCCACAGGAACCUGGACGUCGAGAGGCCCACCUACACCAACCUCAACAGGUUCAUAGGCCAGAUCGUGUCCUCCAUCACGGCCUCCCUGUGCUUCGAUGGGGCCUUGAAUGUUGACUUGACAGAACUGCAGGCCAACCUGGUGCCGUACCCCUACAUCCACUUCCCCCUGGCCACUUAUACUACCGUCAUCUCUGCCAAGAAGGCUUACCACGAGCAGCUUUCGGUGGCUAUCACCAAUGCCUGCUUUGAGCUGGCCAACCAGAUGGUGAAGUGCGACCUGCGGCACGGCAAGUACAUGGUGUGCUGCCUGCUGUACCACGGGGACGUGGUGCCCAAGGACGUCAACGCCGCCAUCGCCACCAUCAAGACCAAGCGCACCAUCCAGUUUGUGGACUGGUGCCCGACUGGUUUCAAAGUGGGCAUCAAUUUCCUGCCUCCCACGGUGGUGCCCGGGGGGGACCUGGCCAAGGUGCAGCACGCCAUCUGCAUGCUGAGCAACACCACGGCCAUCGCUGAGGCCUGGGCCCGCCUGGACCACAAGUUCGACCUAAUGUACGCCAAGCGUGCCUUUGUGCACUGGUACGUGGGCGAGGGCAUGGAGGAGGGGGUGUUCUUGGAGGCGCGGGAGGACACAGCUGCCCUGGAGCAGGAUUGCGAGGAGGUGGGGGCUGACAGCGUGGAGGGCGAGGAGGAGGGGCAGACCCCCAGCUGA